AUGAGAGAAAGAGAAAAGAAAAAACAAGAGCAAGAACAUGAUGCCCUCAUUGAAAGAUUGAAAAAAGAACGGGAAUUACAAAAGAAAAAACAAGAGGAAGACAAUUUGACACUGGAACAAAUUAAAGAUCAGAUUGGAAUUAUGGAAACAAAGCAUGAGUCAUUAAAAAAUGAAAAGCAUGAAUUAUUUUCACAAUUGAAGAAAGUAUUGCAUCAAGAAGAUGAAACAAGACGACGAGCUCAGUUAAAAGAACAAAGUGAGUUGCUAAAUAUAGCUUAUUCUCAAGGUAUAACUGUAACAGCACAUCCAAUGUUACUUGCUCCUGGUGUGACUGGACGACCAACGCUGUAUAAAUCUCAUCAGCCACUUAUUCCUAUUCAGCAACAUUUACAUCAAGGGAUAAAAAGAACUCGCUCUCCAUCACCUCCUGUUACUGUCUAUCAACCUUAUCCUGGAGAGCAUAAAUAUCCACCAACUUCUUAUGCUAUAUCUAACAAACAACCUACAGUUGUGUAUACUCCACCCCAAGGUGAAUAUAAACCAAGCACUUAUGGGCAAAGUCAGCCACCUCAAGUGGCUUAUGCGGGCCAACAAGCGCAUGCUUACCAACAACAGGGUGUGCCUUAUACAGCAGGACCACCUACUACAAAGUAUGCAUCUACACCAACAGUUGCAACUCAGUCAGCAUUUACCUCCUAUCCUGGCCAUUAUGCACAGCAACAGAAACCACUUGCUGAUGCCUAUACACACAAUUAUCCAUUGCAACGCAUGCAACAAACUGCUGGAUAUAUCAGUACUGCACACAGUUCUGGGAUUUCUCUUCAACAGCAGCUUGAACAUGCUAAUCAGAAAUCUGGUUUUAGUGAUGAAAAAUUUAAGAUGCAAGCAGUGCAACAGUCACAUAUCCGAGGAAUUACACCUAUUACUAAUCAGCAGCAAACCCUGAUGACUCGACCAUUACAAAUUCAGCAAAAUUCUCAACCUAAAGGCAGCAUUGUUACUGGCUAUUCAGGUCGAGGUUCUCAAACACAGCCACAACAUACAACUGUAAGCUCAUAUCAACCAGUAACCACUCAGGCUACCUUUGCUGGACACCAAGGUUCUGGACGAACACAGUCAUACCCAGCUCAGCAGCCAUCUGGACGUUAUUAUUAA